GAUAUACAAAUCCUUACUAGCGGGCACUUGGGAUGCUUUUGUGAAACUAAGUAGUGAAAGUUCUCUCAAAUGGAAGAUCCUGAACGACAUUUCGACUGGGAUCAUGGGUUUCCUGACAUUUCUCCUAUUUCUAACAACACAUCUUAUAGCUCAUUCAGAGUAAAUCAAUAUGCAGAUAAAAACUUAGGCACGUAUAGUUUGCCUGAAUUUAAUAACGAAGAUAAGGACGAAUUUUUUAUUUAUGGGACGUGUAUAUCAGUACGUGGAGAGCAGUCUGAAUCUCGACCUGAUUAUAUUGAUGAAACGGUAAAUGAUUCUCCAGUUCUUCCAGAAUAUACAUCAACAAACGUUGAAGAGAGUUAUAAGUCAAAGAUUAAUGAAUUACACAAACAAAUAAGAAACUUGGAGGAGGAGGCUAGUCAAGUUCCUAUUCUGCAGGACAAUUUACGUUAUUUGUAUGAAGAAAACGUACGCCUUCAUGAGAAAGAUGAAAUUAAAGAGUCUCAUCGAUUUCAAAACGGUGAACACAUUGAUAGCACUGAUGAAGAAGUAGAAGAAAUUGAAGAGGAAGUCCGAACAUAUAAAAAGGCUCCUAAAACUGACUUUGUUGCUAAUGACUUUCCUAGUCCAAAUCACCUUGGUAACUUGAACAACGGGAUCGAUAAGAGCCAGUUUCCUUCGGAAUAUUGGUCUAACCUGGAGUCGUACUUCUACAAACGUUUUUUAUCAGAACGACCUAUUAGUCAUAAAAUUGCCAUACAGUCAUCGGAAGCUAAUAAACGCACCACAGCUACUAUGGCUUGUCCUAUCAAAUCGUCCGAAUUUAGAUGCGUUGGUAUCAAUGUUUGUCCAUCCAUUCAGGAAGUUGGAGUUCUCUGUUCACAACCAGAAACACGCGAAUUCGGUUGUUUUUUUUAUGAAACCGAGUCGAUGACUAGAGAAUGGUUGAAUCGUGUUUUCCCCAAAAUGGAAGACGAAAAUAAGAAGAUUGUACACAAAGUUAUACGAAGCUUUUAUGAAAGUCGUGAAGACUUUGUUAGUACUUUGUUAUCAAUUAUUAAAAAGUCUGUUUGUCACGUGGGUAUUCAAUCUCAAAUAGUCAGUCAAUCUCGUGGUUGUUCACCGAUCCUGAAGGAGAUAGAAAAAACAGUAUCGAACCCGAACUUAAUCAGUCAGUUUCCUCAGUCACAGGUCUCUGAGUUUGUCCAGGCCAUGCCUGUUUUACACAGUCGGUGUACUAUGACAAAACGUCAUCUGGGUGUUAAUGCUGGAUGUCUAACAGAGUCUCCCGUCUUACGUAGUCAAGGUACCUCCCCAAAAAAGGAUUUACGAAGUUUUACUACAUGUGGUGUACAAUACGAAAGCAAUGUAGAAUUGGUUCAUAGGGCUUGUGAUCCAAUAUGCCCUGAACUAAAACGUAUCGCAUCAUCAACACAAACACAACUUGAGUGCAGCAAAAUGGUCACUGACGUUCCUUUGCAUAAAAAAGAUAUCGUAGUAAAAUCCUACCGAUCUACAGAAUCCUUUGAGAAGACUGAAAAACUUCCAGGUAUUCAAGAGACAAAUGAUUCGAAUUCUGUUUGCAUUACUAGACCAUCGAGAUGUGAUUCUCCAAGGUUAAGUCAAACAAUGAUUCCAUUAUCGAGACUGCCUUCAUGUACAUCAAGUUAUUCUGAGGGUUAUACUGUAUCUACUGAACGACGUAUGGUUGAUGAACUUUCACAACGUUAUAUGCUCUUGGAUAAAGUAAAUCUAGAUGAACUAAGUUCUGGUGGGCAGACUGCAUUCCAGGAUGUUAUGUCAAAAAGUGUUGAUUUAGGAAGUACCCAUGUUAUAAAAGAAUUCCAACCAACCGUCGAAGUUUUUCGUCAUAUCGGUGAUGAAACUGAAGAAGUUGAUCCUUCUACUUUGCCAGAUGAAAUGCUAUCCCCGUUUCGAGUGAAUUCACCUCCUGGGUUUCCUCUCUCCCCUGAUUUUAUUAAUUUGAAAUCUGAUCCCAGAGUGCGCCAUAGUUCCGGUUUAUCUAAUCCACCGACUUCUGAUCCUCCUACUACGCCACCCGUAUUAAUACCUAUUAUUCAUGGACAAACUGCAAAACUCCCCGAGUCGGCUCCAAAACCAUCAUAUACCAAAGUUCAUAGUAUGGGAACUCCGAAACCUACUGCUGUCUCUUGGAUUCCUGUACGUAAUUACCGGUUCAUUUUAUCAAAUGAAGCAAAAAAAGCAUGUGAAUCUUUAAUUGGUUACUAUCAAGCUGAACCAACUGUUGGUAGGGCAGAGGAAAUGAAAGAUAAACUUCUGACUUUAGUGAAAAUUUGGUUUGAACUUGCUGCAACAUCACAAACAGACUUACUUAGCAUUGAAGAUUUCAUUGCAAUUCUUCAUGAUCAUUCACCAUCUCUGUUACGUGAUGUAAUUCAAUCAAUCGAUGAAAAUAACAGUACCUGUCUGCACUAUUCCGUUGGUCAUGGUGCUUGGCAAGUUGUCAAUCUGAUUUUGGAUACUGGACAUGCUCAUCCAGAUCACAUUAAUCGAUCUGGAUUCUCACCUAUUAUGAUUGCUGCGCUUAGUAAUAUAACUGAUUCUAGUGCUUUAAAAACACUUGGUCGACUAUUCAGUAUGGGUGAUGUUAAUAUCUGCACAAAUACAUCUGCUCGCCAAUCUCCACUUAUGUUAGCUGCAUUACAUGGAGGUGUAGAUAUUUGUUCUUUGCUUAUUGCACAUGGUGCUAACAUAAAUGCUCAAGAUGCUUCUGGUAAUACUGCCCUAAUGUAUGCAAUAGAACACAGUCAUAUUGGCGUCGUAAAAUGUCUCCUUGGUUGUAGAGAUUUAGAUUUAACUUUGGUCGAUAAUAAUGACAAAAAUGCUCUUGAUGUUGCAAAGUCAAAAAAUGAUUUAGAGAUAUUGAAUUUGGUUCAAUUGGCUUAUAGUGUUCCUUCAAAGGCAACUUCAUCCACUAGCGAAACUUCACCUGGAGCCAGGUUAGUACAUAUUAUUUAAUCGAAUUCUUGACAUAUGGUGCUUAUAAAAGUUAAGAGUCUACUGUGUUUACUAUUGUACAUUUGGUUUUUAUUGCGAUAUAUUUGAUAUAUCCAUAUGAAAGAUGGUUAGUUCAACCAGUAUAUCCACUCAACAGCAUUUUUCUUAACUCGCUGACAGUUGUAUAUAAACGUGCACAAACGUAUACAUAUAUUUCAUAUAAAAAAUCAAUCUUCCUGAGUAGAUAUUUGUGAACGAACAAUAUUUGCACACAACACAAUUGACAUAAGUGUAUUCACUUAGUUUAUUGAUUCUCCUAUUGUAGAAAAAAGAUGGAAUGUAAUUGUUCUACAUUUCUGCUCUGUUGACUCCUUAUCGUCUUCUAUUUUCUAAUAUAUAGAUAUAAAUCAAUAUAAAAAUAGUUUUUCUUUAGGUCAAUGUAUUCAGAAUAACAUAUGAAUGUAUUUGUGCGCCCGCUUUGUUUGCAUUAAAAAUGAACAUAGUCAAUCUUUUAUAUACGAAAGCUGUCUAAUAUUUGAGAAAAUCUAUCAAGAUUAUUCAUUAUUGUUGUAUGAACUAUGUGAAUUACACAGAGUCAAUUUUAAUCUUGUUUCUAUUCGGCAAUGUAUAUAGGUGUUUUUUUAUAUUUGUUAAGUUAUUGUAAAGUUAGCUUGUAAAUUGUUUAUUCCAUGUAUAUGAAUUCAUUGUAAAUUUCAACUUACUGUGAAUCGAUAAUAACUAACUGUCGUUAUUAGUCUUUUCAUAAACAUUUACAUCAUCUAUUGUGUCCCAUUGAGCGACAAAAAGUACUCAAUCCUACUUUAGAAUUAUCCUCCAGUUUUGUAUAUCAAAUAAUUUAUACUGUGUUGUUUUAUAAGAUUUUCAGAUUUUAUUGCUUUUUUACUACCAAUAUACUAUUUAGUCUGAAUCCUACCAUAAUUAUAUCUGAUAGUUACUCAGUAUACGAAUAAUUCACAUCUUUUCAUAUAUGUAUGAUAAUUGUUAUAUCUUUAUAUUCUAGAACAUAAGAUACGGGAAAAAUAAUUCAACUAUAACUUCGGGUUAGCUCAAAUAUUUUUUGCCAUUGCUGUGAACAUAACUUUUUCUUAAUCUAUAUAUUCCGCACGGAGUUUACAAAAAUCUGCACAUACCAAUCCUAUUACUCCCUCUUGAAAAGAAAUAUAUAUAACUUAUUGAGUUUUCACGUUUUUUUACUUGGCUAGGUGUAUAAAACAAUUUUCUUCAUUCAUUUGAACUUGACUUUUCCAUACUUCCCACUUAUUUUUACUAUUAAGUUUUUUCGGUAUUUUUUAACGUAGGAUUAGUUGACUGGUGAUACCUUAAGAUGUGCAAUUCAUUGUAUAAACUACUUUAUGUGUUAGACCAAAGGAUACAUUUUCAUUAUACAGGGUUGAAUCACAGUAAAACUUUUCAUCUGUCAUACAGUUAUAGACAAAGUAGAAUGUGCUUUGACCUAAGUUGUCACAUCUCACAUUAGUACAGUAAGAAAGGAAUUUAGGGAAGAAUUAUUAUUACCAGCCUCCAGAAUCUUCAAUUUCGAACAAUUUCUGUGUAUUAAUUUCUUGCAAAUUUACAUCUUAUUUCACACAUUCAAGCAAAACUGCUCAGAAAUCAUUUUAUUUAACCAUUAGAUCGUGAUGUAAUCAUAGGGUUUAGAAUAACCAUGAACUACCAUUUUCUUAAACUGACACAUCAAUACCUUCUACUUCUUCUGUUCCAUUUAAUUAUUACAGCCUUUUAAACGUCGCUAAGAGCUAGCGGUCUAAUGUUAUUGUCGAAUUAAUACUGUCCCAAGAUUAUAAGCAAAUGCAGAAUUACUGAGAAUAAUUUGUUUUACUAUAUAACCACCAUCUCAGUAAUGCUAUUUUUCAUGCAUCCUCAUGGUGAUUCUUUUGUAACCAAUGAUUUUAAAUUGUUAACAAAUUUCCGAAGCUUUGAUAACCCGAUAUUGGUUGAUUAAUCCUAAUGUUUUGCCCAUUAAGUUUAGAUCUUGAAGCAAUUAUGUUGAUUUCCUUUACUGAUAUGUUUCUCGCUUAAAGUGGAUAAAUGUUAUUCGACUUAAUUAACGAGAUUUUUUCCAAUGUAAAUUGGGUAAAUAAAAAUCUAGCAAGGGGAGUAUUUUUCUUAAUCAUGAAAUGAAUCUUUAUUUAAUGUCAUUAAAGCACAUGUCGUCCUAUCUUUUAUUGCAAAUUAUUUAUCUUGCCACUAUAUUUAUGAUUUCAGUGAAAUAAUUAUAUUUUUGAUUUAUAAAAUAUAAUGCCCAGUUACAGCUUAACUGUUUGAUUAACUCUUAUAGCACUUCUGUUGCGUGUAUAUUUGUCCACCUUUAACAGUGAAGUGUGCUAGGAAAUUAGCAGAUUUAUUAUCAUGUUUUUCACCUCUAUUCUACCUUACUUAAAAAGUCAUAUUCCUACGAUAUUUACAUAAAUCUUCAUUAUGCCCAUUGUUUGUAUAUAUUGAUAACUAUUUCUUAAAUUUCCAGUGACAUUGUCCCAAGUGAGGCUAUCUGUACAACUUUGAAAUGGCUUCUCAGCGGUAGACUUUAUAAACCUGUUCACUCUUACAACAUAUUCAUUCUAACUCGUCAGAUAAUCGAAUGGUUUAAUAAUUCUUUGUAUAGAGGCGGUUAUUUUACGCUCUGUUUCUUCGACAAAGUUUAAAAAAUCACUACAUCCUACUGGAAUGAAUACUAAAGUAAAAAACUUGUAGUUUGUAGUUCUACCUCAGGUGCCGAACAAUUUGACUUUAAAGCUAUCUUUGCUUAUAGUAUUUUUCUUACCACUUUCAAAUUUCAGUAACUAAGUUGAUCGUUCAGAUGAUAAUUGAAACUACUCCUAAGCCCUUUAUUCAAAUAUAUUAUUUGCAACAUAAACUGAAUAAAUAAAUACUUAAAUAUUCCCUAUGUUAUUAUAAAUUCAUACGAUUAUUCAUCAAUUUUAGAACGAAUAGUUUUACAAAAAUUUGGCGCCAAAUAUAAUGUUAUUAGAAAUAUUUGGUCGCUAGGUUAAGUGAUACUCUAAAAAUUAUAGAAACAGGUCUGUACUAAUGUAUAGCCAAUAGAUUUUUAUUUAUUCUAUUGGCCCUUCGUUCCUGUUUAGCUCCAAUUUCGCAUAAUUAAUGAAAUUUUCCUGAAGUUUAUUUUACUCCUUGUUUCUAUUGCUUGAAUUUCUUUAUAGAUAUGCUGUUGAACGAAGAAAUACACAUAGAUUACUGUUAGACCUAUGUGAUUUACAUCAAAUUCCCAUCCCAAAAUCAAUUAAAUUGUGUUUGUAGUUACUGUUUUGUUUUGAAUUAUCCCUUUUUUUCUCAUAUUAAUAUCAUUUAUUCAGUAUUUUGUUUUGCUUGAUUGUUUAAUAACUCUUACACUUCCUGUUUCUUCUAUUGGGAUCAUUCUUUUUUUUUCAAUUUUUGCAAUUACAACACUACAUUUUAUGAAGGCCGUAUAUCUUUAUUCUUUAAAACAAUUAUAUUAAAAUAUUGUAUACUAAUUAUUAGCCAGCUUGUUUAUUAAUUUAUUUCUAUAUUUAUGUUAUAAGCUUUAUCAUGCUGUUGUUUUCGGGUACUUUUAUAUUUAGAAUUUAUUUAUACUUAUCAGUUCAUUACUACAGUUGUAUUUUAUAUUUUAUGAUAGUGUAUGUUCCUCAUCAUUAUGUAUUUGCCAUAAUAGUAUUCUCAAUAUUUUAAAGUGAUAAAUUGUCUGUAUACCUUCAACAAUACACUACAUUUUCUUUAUCCCACC